UGAAAUCGUUCAGUACAGAUAUCUUGAAGCUGUCAACAUCAACUAUUUUUAUAUGCUGCCUGUUGUGAAAAUGAGAAUUGUCAUGUUGACAAGAUCACUGCUGAGUUUGGUUGGAUUAGUUUUCAUCGUGGUACUUUUUAUUAACUCAGGAUUAUUCACCGCAGAAAAGUCAAGAUCUGCGAUGAAUAACAAUGAAGGGAAAGCAAACAGAAAAAGAUUUCAGCAAGGCAAUAUAAAGAAUGAAACAAUAGUCUUUAUAUACGCUAACCAACGAUCUGGAUCAAGUUUUCUCGGAGAAAUAUUUAACAACAAUACGGAAGCAUUUUACUUGUAUGAACCGUUGCUGCCAUUUACAACAAGUUGCAAAAACUUGAACGAAGAAAGAAAACUUUAUUAAAAGAGUUAGUCGAGUGUAAUUUUCGAAAUAUAAGAAACACAUACAAAAAAACGUUUGCCAUUACCGGUUAUAAAGAUCAAGGAUGUUUGUAUAAUACACUCUGCUUUAUUAGUCACCACGUACCAUUGGUGAAUAAAUAUGCUACUAGAUGUAAAGAAAUGGCACGGAGACAAAACAUCAACGAUAAUUCAGAACCGUGCGGGUUUCCAUUACGAGAAAACUACCUCAGUCAAAUUUGUGAAGAAUCUGAUAUCAGAGUUUUUAAAAUAUUAAGAAUAUGUUCUUUGAGGAUGCUAGACGAAGUUUAUUCUUACCUCGAAACAAAAGGCUACAAUGUAUUUGUAAUACAUCUGGUUCGAGAUCCGAGGGCGACAAUGUCUUCAAGACUUGCAAUUAAACUGGACGAAAUUGCCGACAACGAUUUAGGUCAACAAACAAAAGAACUUUGUGACCGAUACAAAAUGAAUAUAGAAUAUGUUGAUAAUAUGGAAGCAGCGCAUCAUUCGAUUUCUCCUGGAACAAGCGCUGUGACAGACAACCGAUAUUUAAGAAUAAGAUAUGAAGACCUUGCAUUAAAUACUAUUGAGCAAGCGGAAUAUAUUUAUAGAUUUAUCGGCAAAACACUACCGUCCGAAGUAAAAAAGAAUUUGAAAGAAUCAGCUUUGACUCUCGAUAAACUCAUCGAAGAGGUUAAAGAGAAAGUAUUCAGAAUGGUAGAAAAUAAAAAGCUGGAAGGCGGUUUUGAAAAAUACAAUGAGAUAUUCGACAAAGUAAAAGAUCCGUUUGAGACAGUACGUGAUCCGGGGAAAGUCGCUACAAAAUGGCGGAAGGUAUUAACAUUUGAACAGCUUCAAACUAUUCAAGAAUAUUGCAAAGAACCAAUGGAAAAAUUCAACUACAAAAUGUUACAUUCAAGAUCUGAAAUGCUUGACCUCGAUAUAAAAAAUUAUUAGAAUAACAAUAUUUUUUCAUGUCGUGAUACAGUUUCUAAAUUGGAUCAAGGCAAUUUUAUUUAGUAAAAUUCAGAGAUGUGAUGGUCAAACCUUUGAGCUUAAAGUUCGACUAAAAUAACAAUCUAUCUGUCGUCCCCGAUGCCGCCUAUGCAAAUAGACUUUUACAACUGUAACUAGUAACUGCAGAUGAUAUUUUAUUGGACACGUUUAGUGGACAUAACGAUCGUUUCGAUAUUUUUCUGUUAUUCUUGUUGUUAUUUUUCGUCAUCAUUAUAAAGUCGCUUUUCUUUUCGAAUACUGGACCAAUCGCUUAAAAAGUUUCAGUUAAUGAAGAUUAUAUUUUUUGCUAGAAGGCUAUUACUUUUAUUUAUCGUUUUUUGUGUGCUUUGACGCCAUCAAAAUUUGCCACUAUGUGGCGCAACGUGUCUAUUUAUUUGAGCAUAGCUUUCUUGUUUACUAUAGUACUGUUAAUGGAAUACAAUAAUUCACAUAUAACUUUUGCCUUGUUCUAGUAGGCCGCUUACAUAUUACUUUUAUUUAUUGUUUUUGUGUGCUAUGAUGCCAUCAAAAUUUGCCACUAUGUGGCGCAACGUGUCUUAUAUUUGAGCAUAGCUCUCUUGUUUACUAUAGUACUGUUAAUGGAAUACAAUAAUUCACAUAUAA